GCUAGCUUGGACGUUUUUCUGAUACCUUUCAGAUGAGGGAACAUUUCGAGGAGCAAGAAUAUUUCUGAUGGCCAGCCAUUUGAGGACUGAACACGAGUAUUGGCAGACCAUUUAUUCUCGUCACACGGUGACGCUGUGGUUGGCAAUCAUGAUACCCCGACACUGCGCGGACAGCCGCUAGUAAAGCAUUUCGUGUGAACCAAUCUGGAAAGUUUGAGAUUGAAAUUAUGUCAUUGAAUCUCAACACGACGAGCGGCGAUACCUACUCUGGUUGGGAUGUUGGCCAAGUGCUCCUUAGGCUGAGUAAUACCGCAGAAACGUUGCAGGACAAUGCAGAUGGAUGGCUGCGACUCGCUAAUGACACGGAGCGUUGCAUCACUGGUCUGCUGACCGAUAUCCUUGCUGAGAAUGAAAGAAGCAAGAACUGGAAAUCUUUGUCAGAACUGCUGCAAAAGCUUCCAGAGCACCCAGCCAUUUUGGACAAGCUCAUCAACUCCAAAGCGCUGAAGCACUAUGUGCCUCGAGCAGUGCGUAAUGCUGUUGUUCCUGCAUCGGAGCUUCAGCAGCUGGCAGAUGUCUUUCCACAACUGGUGUCACCGACAGACGCUCAUGUUGGUGAGCCUGUUAUUGGAGCGGCACCACAGUCAAGUCGUGAUGCUGUUCAUCAUCCCCAAACAUCAUCACCAGUCCACAUUUCACAACUUGGUGAGCAGCAACGGCAGGACAUCUGUCACCAAAGGGCAAGUGAUGCGUUUGAGAAAGAUAUGAAGCAAGUAGAGAAGCUGAGGAAAGUGACGUCCAGAGCCCCGGUUCUGACCUGGAAGGAUUUUCAACAAACAAUGCCAGUUGUUGUGCAAGAAAAUGCCACAGUUGGUAUGAGUACUGCUCGGCAAGAAGAAGUUUUGGAACAAUUUAGGGCGCAUGCAGCAGAGAGGCUAGAACAGAAGCGGACAGAGAAUACUGGUCCAGCUUCUGUAAGAAGUGAAGCGGAGGAAAUGGAAGAGAUCCUUCACUUAAUGUCCAUGCCAGCAGUUAAAGUUCCAACUUCAAACAAAGUAGCCGGCGAAAGCAGACCACCGCCCAAACCGGUGAAAAAGCAGGCAAAGGAAGCACCACCAAUGACGGGAAUGGAACUGGCCAGGGACUUUCUCAGUGGAAAACUGGACAACUCUGUGAAGCUAGCAUACUUGCGACUCACGCCGUCACACCUCUAUCGUCCAUACGACUUGCAUGUUGUGCAGCAGGAGAAGGCUGGUGACGAUUUCUAUAUCAUGUCCAGGUAUUCCAUUGUGUACUGCAGCUCUCUAGGAAAGAGUGACACAGACACAUUGAAGGAUUGGUACUGGGAAGCAAUGAUGUUUGAAGUUGCAACGGCACUUCCAUUCUUCAAACAGUUUCUCGUGCGCAAGAUGUUUGCCAGGUGGAGACUUACCUACCGACAAGGUGUAUUCCAGCGGCGUUGCAAAGCAUUCCAAGACCUUGCUCUGCAAUCAUCUCCUACUCUUCUUGGUGUUUUGCAAGGAAUUACAAGGAAGAUACUUGGUCUUGAGAAGGUGGAUUCCAUCGCUAAACAUCCGCAAGAGGAUUUGCCACUCAAUCUAGCUCAAGUCACUCAGCACGCAACUAACAGCAUUACAACUGUUUCUUCUACCAUGCAUGCCUUCUUCAAGGAUGGAAGAUCACUCCUGGAUGCAAUGGUCCAUGGCCUAAAGAAACGGAUUGAGGUGCUGCAGGAGCAAAGAGCUGAUCAGCCUUACUUUUCGUACAAACCCAACGCCGAUGUCCGCGAGCUAAAGCAACACUGCCAACUGGAGGUAGAUGAAGCAAGAGCAGCUCUUGAAAACUUUCAGCGUCUUGUUCACGUCGUUGAUCAGAUGGUCUUGACCGAACUAUUGUCUCAAGGCCGUCGUUUUGCCAGUCUCUAUGUGGACACCGUACAGUCUCAAUUGACGGCAGCUGAGCAUGGCCAUGCUUUACUCAAGGCACAAUUCCUUGUGUCUGCAACAGGUGAAGUGAGCCUCUCUCCACCCAUGUCGGAGGUGAAGAAUACGCUGCUGUCGAUAUUUAAUGCCAUGUUGACUUCCCUAACUCAUCAAGCAUCAUCGCAAAAUGUCUUCUCUGCGGCUGCAUACAGCAUUGCUACUGGUGGUGGUGCUGGUGCUGGUGCUGGUCGUGCAAAGAGCGUUGAUGUCAAGACGUCUAGUAACGAUGUCGGCACUACCCACUCACCUUCAGCAAGGAGCAACUCAUUGCUGGUGGAGCAUCUUGUUAAGGAUUCUUUGUUUGCAAAAGAGAAGCAAAGGCUAGCUGCCAUACUGACUGAUGCCUCAAGUGAGAUCACAACUUUCCUGACUGACCAGAAGUGGUUCAAGCAGGUGUUUGAAUCUGCAACACGUUGGAACAGUGACACUUUCGCUGAGCUAAUGAGAGGCGAUGCGUCACAUAUCUUGACAUUGCUGGGCCAGGUCAAGGAGUGGCUAGCCUAUCUGACAGUGUUGCCUGAUAGGCUGAUGACCGGCAACAAUCUUCUGGACGUGGAUUGUUCAGCUCUUACCACCAGUGUUCUGCCACAAGUGAAGAGAAUGCAAAUAGAGAUCAGUCACGGCUUGACGGCGGCUAUUGGAUUCCUGUCGAGUGAUUUGGCCUCAAGGCUCGAUCAACUGAGUGAGCCCCUACUGGACAAGAGUAGCUAUGUGGAAGGCUUUGCCAAGUUUGCUACCGAUGUUAUACAUGCACGGAAGAAGAAGAUGGAAUUGCAGGCUUCGAAGACUCGUUUUGAGGCAUUUCUAGAGGCCUAUGAGCAAGCGCUGACUGAGGAGAUGCUGGCAGCUAAUGUGGUGUUGCAGAAUGCAGAGAAACUGAAUGAUGAUGUUCAGAAUGCCUGGAGAUUGUACAUGACACAUCUCUAUGAUGCAGAGUCAUUUGUGCGGGCGCAAGGUCCAAGAACCGAAAGGAGCCUCUAUGUCACAAUUUCUUGUUUGAAAGAGGAGGGACAAGCACUGAUCCAAACAGUCAACGCAGGCCAGUUUGUUGACCCAAAGGCACAUCAUACUCGUGUACAGGCCAAUGGUAGAAAGGUGUAUACACAGUUCAAGUCUUGGCAGGAUCAGUACAAUGACACUGCAAAGUGGAUGAAGUCUGUAUCCGGCAAACAGCACGAUCUCAGUCUUGUGCAGGAAGUGUAUGAUGCCAUCAUUGCACGCACUGAUCUGUGGCAAUUGAUAGGAAGAUCAACUUGCACAGUGGACGAGUGGAAAGCAACUGAAGUCCGAAAUGUCAAUAUCCAGGGUAUCGGUGACCUGCUGGAGAAGUGGAUUAAAGCUUCUACAGUGCUGGAAGAUCACUUGCCUGAAGGUGAUCCAGUGCUAGCUGAAUGGAAGGAGAAUAUGCAGCACUGGGUGGAGAUAAUGAACGCUAUCCAGGUGGUGUUUGCUCCUUUCUUCAAGCCACGUCACUGGAAAUCACUCUACUCACAUCUAAAUAAGUCAUACAAUAUGGCCCAUCACUACACUCUCAAUGAUGUCGUGUCCCUUGGCUUGCUGCAACACCGCUCUGUACUAGCCAGUGUAGUGACAAGAGCUCAGAAUGAGUAUGAUAUUCAGCUGACUCUGGAGAAGUUGCAGCAGUACUGGCAGAACAAGGAGUUUCAGUUUGUCCCACACACGCUGAAGAGGCUACCGCUUGCUACUGGUGAAGAAGAACAGUCAGCUGCUUCCUCCGAUCCUGUUGGUGAUAAAUCAACUCUUACCAUUGUGCCGGGUAUUUCUGACUUGAUUGAAACAUUGGAGGAUCACACUGUUCUCCUGCACAGUAUACUGCAGUCACAGUACAUACUGGACUUGAAGCCACAGGCAGAGUGGUGGUUGUGCACCCUGAGACAGCUGAAAGAGCUUAUUGAGCUAUGGGCAUCUGUGCAGAAAAAUUGGCAGUACAUAGGUCAAAUUCUCCAUGACAGCCGCACAGCCGAGCAUCUUGAUUUACUGCGCUAUGCUGAGCCAGCAGGGCAGCUACAUGUUGAACUGCUGGACCUCUCCAGCAAGUUGAAGCAGGCCUCCAAUGUGCUGUGUCUAGUUGGACAGGCUGGUAGUACUGACACUGUACUGGGCAAACUAUCCGGGGAGCCUCUCAGACUAUACUUACUGGAUAUCUUGCAAAGACAAGACAAUCUUAUGAAAUGUUUGGACACAUUUCUAGAGAAGGUUCGCUCUCAGUUUCCACGUCUGUACUUUGUGGAGAAGUCUACGGUGUUCAACAUCUUGCUACACUCUCAGCACCCACCUUCUCUGCUGUCAGAUGUGAAGCUUUGCUUUCCUGAGCUGAAAGAGAUACGCUUUGAAGAUGUGCAACCAUGUCCCGAGCUUACUGCUGCUAUGAAAGUGCAAGGUUUACCAUGGCGUGCAGUGUCGGUGUGCAACCUGACUGGAGAAACACUAACCCUUCAUCCACCUGUUCUUACCAGUGGUGUUGUUCAAUCCUGGUUGAAUGCACUGGACCUGGCCAUACACCACAGUCUGGCUGUGGAGAUACAUCAUUGUCUAUCCUGUCUACUUGCUAUCAAUGCUGAGCACAAGUCUGAAACACAGUGGAGUGCCGAUAACUGGAUGCAGUGGCUUUGCAGAUGGCCAGUGCAAGCUCUACUCAUCAGUUUGAUGGUCCACCGGACAAGCAGUAUCCAACAUGCACUAGAGAGUUCAGAGAAGGACACCCUUAGCAUUGCCCUGCACAAGUACAAGACAUGUUGGAAAGCUGAUCAGCAGGUCUUGUGUCAUCUGAUGACGACAACUGACUUCAGUGUGGCUGUUCAGACAAGACUGAAGCUCUCUGCCGUAGUUCAGCAGAUACUAUUUUACAUGGACAUCCUCAAUGACCUGCUCUUGCAGGACUGCCGUGGCCCCCAUGACUUUUCCUGGCUACAACAUCUUCAUUACACGGCUGAUCCAGUUCCUGAUGCUGGUGAUAGUCCCGACGAUCCUCUUCCCCAGCUGCAAGGGAAAUUCCCUUCAGCUCGGAGCACCACGCCAUGCAGCAUAUCUGCUACACACUUGGGUAGUAGGUAUGCGUAUGGCUAUGAGUAUUACUCUGGUGACUGUGUAUUACCACAGACACUGCUUACCAGUUCUACUAUGAUCACUGUACUGCAUGCACUGUCUGGCCGGCAUACUCCUCUACUCUAUGGUCACAAGCAGUCUGGGAAGUCAAGCACUAUCAAGCAGCUAGCAAAGACAUUAGCCCGUCUUCUGGUCAUGCUGGAUUGCUCUCAAUCAGUACCUUUGCAAGUGAUCAGCCAGUACAUAUGUGGUGCCGUCCAGGCUGGAGCCUUCCUGUGCUUUGAGCAUGCUCACUGUCUGCUCAAUAAUAAGCUGAUCGUCCUUUCUGACUGGCUGACUGAUAUAGCCCAUUCCAUUCAGCAUUUGAUGAUCAAGACUUCAGUCACCAGUAGCUCCACUUGUACAAAGAACCCCAUAGCCAGCACCGACAUGACUAGCACAUUUGCAACCUGCGCAGCUCCAGAGGAGUGCAGUGCUGGCUUAGUGCCAGCCUGCCACGCAUACACACAUGGUUCAUUGUCCAGUGCUGGCAAUGUGAUGCACGCUGGUCAUACAUUGAAUGCUCGUGAUGGAUAUGGUACUAUCAUGAUAUGGUCAGGCCCGUAUCACUAUCACCGCAUGCCUACUAGUGUUCAGGUAGCUACUCGUCCCAUCAAUGUGCAGUUACCCAGUGAGCUAACACUCGCAACUGUGCAGCUGUGUUCAGCUGGCUUCGUGGAAUGCCAACAGUUGGCAUGCUGGCUGGUUGGCAUUCUCAAAACGUUCAGAACGCAGCUGGACAAGUCACAACGAGCCGUCCUAUCUCCGUCACAUCUUCAGCAUAUUGUCCAGUAUGCUGCUGCUAAGAGAUUGGUUGCAGAAGAGUUACGUCAGGCAGACGCACAGACUGAUGUUGACAAGGAUCCGCAGCGGACUUUACUUAUGAUUGAGAAAUCUCUUGUCCAGGCUGCUUUACAAACGUGCUUGAGACCGGUGUUCAGCGGGCAGCAGCUUGCCACUCUCAAUGAUCUCCUAUCCAGUGAUACGGCGACAUCAUCAUCUGAGUAUGGCAGUACAGAGUACUCCUAUCAUGUGACCAAGGAGAUGGAGUGUAGAGCCGUUCUCUCAUUGGAGAUCCAAAUUUGCCUGGACGACAACCGACUUCAAACAUGUUCUGGUAGAUUUGUUGAAAAAACACUGGAGUUAUAUGACCUGCUGCGAACACAUGCUAGUGUCAUUGUUCUGGGCAGUGCAGGCUCUGGCAAGUCUCGGAUCAUUCAAGUCCUGGAGCAGAGCUUGAAUGCAUACCUAAGCAAGAAUGCUGACACCAGUAACCCACUGCUAGGCCAGGCGAGUAGAAUGAGUCGGCGGAGUCGUCACAGUAGGCUCAACUCACACAUGGCCCAGUCUCGCCUGGGUAGUAGUGCAUUGUCCAGACUGGCUGUGGGUACGGAUCAUGAAAACACAAUCAGCACGACAACGCUAUUCCCAAGGGCAAACUCUGAGCAGCAAAUAUUUGGCAGCACCCUUGAUGAUACACCAAGUCAACUUGGCCAUCUCAAGUCACUACUCCUGACCUAUGCCAAUUCAAAGGAGCAUCGCAAGCAACGUAGAAAGCCUGGCUCGGAUCGUCAGAAGACUGCAACAGACCAGACAGUAGCUGGCACUGGAAAACACUGGAUAGUGCUGGAUGGGCCUGUUGACAGUCAACUGGUCGACUCACUUGCCACUGCUGUUGAUAUGUGGAAAUCCUUCUCUGGAGCGACUCCUAGGAAUGUACCAGUGAAUGACGAUGUUCGCUUUCUAAUGGAGUGUGACAGUGUUGAAGUCCUUUCACCGGCCAUGAUAAGCCAAUGUGCCAUUCUGAACGUACCGGAUGUUAUACUGCUCUGGCCAGCAGUGUUGGAGACCUGGCUGAUUCAGAUUGCUUCAGAGUUCUCCCUACCAGUGGAGAGCACUGACUACAUCUCAACUCGGUUGAAGACACUCAUUCCCAAAUCACUCGGCAUAGUUCAUCGGCUAGGGGCUGCUACUCCCGCAUACUUGCACAGCACGGUGUCUAAGGAUCGUCUGGAUUGUCUGCUUGUCACACAAGUUCUGGCUGUGUUUCAUGCUGUGAUGCGACAUCACCUGUGUGAAGAUGAUCAGCAUACCUCUCACACCGACAAGACUAGCAAUGGCUCUGACAAUCAUCACAGUGCAGACAGCAGUGAGGAGUUGGACAGUACAGCGAGCAUCCAGGAAAGACUGCUGCACAUGGCUGUGUAUUCAUUGAUUUGGGGACUUGCUGGAAGUGUGGCUGAUAAGCAACAACAGUCUUUUGACGCGAUGAUGGAAGCAGCAAUUCGGCACGGUUCACCACUUUCAAUCAACAUUCCAUCGUCUGGCAGUUUGAUGAACUGUCAUUUGAAUAAGACCGGCAAUCGAUUCCUGCUGUUAGCUGGGAGCGGCAUAGAUGUAGUCAGCUCUGCACCGGCCACCUACACAGCGUUGCCUGAGGUGUUACGCUACAGUGUUCUGAUAAAUUACCUUGUGUCAGACAAUCAAUCAGUUUUGCUGACAGGUCACAGAGGUGUUGGAAAGACCAGCUUGAUGAAGUAUGCUGUGUCCAACCAGCAUGCACACUUCCGACAUCCUAUGUCAGCAAAUGUAAGCCGUACAGACUUGCAGCAGGUUCUUGAAGAGCGACAUGGACACAUGGCUAGUCCACUAUCUAGUAAAUUGGCUACUCUGUCUUCACGAAGAUACGUGGUGUUCUUAGACGAUAUCCACCUCUCUCAAGCAGCUCAUCCGCAAUAUAGCUGCAAUGAAUUGCUGCGCCAGGUCCUGUCCACUGGCCACGUAUAUGAACCAGAUCGCUAUAUCCCGUCACAACUAAGCGGCCUAGUUCUUGUGGCGAGUUUGAACUCCCUCUUCUUGCCGAAAACCAGUCCAAGAUUUCUCCGCCAAUGGUUCACUGUCAAUGUAGCCAGCCUGCCUGAUACUGGUGUGAGGUGUACCGUGAGUCCGUGGAUCAUGUCCUGGCUAGAAGAGUUCCCUGCAUACUCUGUUGGCAAUCUGGCUGCUGUAUCUGAGUCCCUGAUCCAAGCUACACUACGAGUGCAUCGCAAAGUGCAGCAGACCAUCUUGCCCGAUCCGACACAACCGCACUGCCUGUUUGAUCAACGCCACAUCUUUCAAGUACUAUCUGGCCUGCAGCUAGUCAGUCCCAGCACUCGACCGAGGCACUUCCAACGGCGUAAGCAAGCUGCCGCCCCCGCCCCUGGAGGUGUGUGGAAAUCUGAUCGCCAAGCUGCUCCCAGCAAGGCCAAUACAGGCAAGAGUACACAUGGCCCUGGAGCUCGUCGCCGUGCUGCUGCUACUGGUGCUGGUGCUGGUAUGGCAGGUAGUAUCAGUGAAGAUGCUUCAGCAGCCAGUCCAGGCACCAGCAAUGUAACACCACCCAUGCUACGUACGCUAGUGAGACUGUGGUGCCACGAGGUGACGUGUACGUACAUGGAUGCACUUAACACUCCGGAGAAGAUCUCCUGGUUCUCAUCGAUGUUGACUGACACUGUACAUGUCCUGUUCUGUGGCGCUAGUGAUACGGACACAGCAGCAGCCACGACAAGUGCUGCAAGAACACAUGCUAGUACUGUGCAAAAUAGCCGUGCUUCCGACACCGCUAGUCACUUGUCCACCGAUUCAGCAUCUUUACCACCACUCUCCAGACGUGCUAAUCGUGCUGUGUCACGAAGAGCUCCGGGCAGUGAGCUAAACAGGACCGCACUAGCUAGCUCUCAGAGCAAGAGGAACGCUGCCAGCUCGAGGAAAAGUUCUCGGAAAGGUUCAUCUACUGGCGCUGCCUCGUCAAGGAAGAAGAGCAAGAAGGAAGGCGGCGGUGCUGAUGGUGCCGCCAGUGAAGAGGUGGAUGAGUUUGAAGCCGCUCUGCUGGAAGCAGCUAGACUUGCAGAGUCCAGCACACAAGGUGGCUUGGUCUGUGUACCUAUAGAUUCCCUCAUGAGAAGAGGAGAAGACUUGACUACCUUGGUUUUCACAAAGCACUUAGUUCCUGGCGAGGAGUUUUGCCGGCUUGCCAAUAAUGCAUCAGCUACCCCUGGCACCAAGCCAAAGUCUGCCUAUGUUGAGUGUGGCAGUGGGGAGUUGGAGCAGGCGUCAACAUAUGUACUGCAGGCCUACAACUCCCAACAAGAACAGCCUGGUAUGGAAUUGGUGCUAUUUCCAAGAUUUGUGGAUCACCUUGCCAAGCAAUGUCGUCUUCUGGCGUUCUCCGGCCAUCAUUCAGUGCUGAUUGGACCACAUGGAUAUGGUAGGAGAACGGUAUUGAAGAUGGCUGCUUGUGCAUGCUGCCGAAAGAUCAUUGAGCUGAAAGCACCAAGAUCUCCACCCGGGCUAAGCGAGGCAGAGAUUACCAAUGCACAGAUGCGUUACAUGUUUAGCUACUUGCACACUGUGAUUGAAGCUGCCGGUGUGGAGCGUACUAAACUAAUGCUGCUGGUCACUGGGAAGUGGAGCUUGAAGGCAUGGUCAUCACUUGCCACAUUCAUGGCUGAAGGUAUCUGUCCUGGUGUGUACAGUGCCGGUGACUUGACUGACGCUGCGUUGCGUCGCACACCCUCGCUGAAGAAAGCUAUGGUGGGGACCAAUCAGGCUCAUCAGACCAAUCUGGCUGACAAGGGAGUGAGUGACUUGCUACAGUGUGUCAAAGACAAUACCCAUGUGGCCAUACACUUGACUGACAAUAGAAGAGAUCUGUGUCAGCUUGCUGUGGAACUACCACAACUAUUCUGUGGAAAUGUCACUGUGAACUGGUACAGUGCCUGGUCAGAAUCCGACUGCAUGCAGGCUACAACGCAUGUACUGGAGCAGAAUGUGAAUCCAGGUAUUGAUUUUGACAAUGCGCCAAGGUACUCCACACACAGCAUUGGCAACCUACUGGCGUCUAUCCAUCACCAAAUGCGUCACCAGCUGCAAGGCAAGCCAUUUUUGAGCAGUAGCCUCACAGCUCCACUUCUGCUUGAUGCUCCGCGAGUGUUCGGCUCCAUCUUAAGGGCUCUCCUGAAGAAGAACAUGGAGCAUGCUGCAGACCUGAAGACUGCAAUUCAGCGUAUAGAGAGUGCUCAGCAAGCCACGGACAACCACCGAAUCAAGUAUGAACAGCAGGUGGCUGCACAUGACAAGUCGGCCCGAGAACUGAAGAAGAUGGAGGGCGCGAUAGCCAAAAUGAAGCGGACCUACUACGAGUCAUUGGAUCACUGCCAGGAAGAAGAAAGUGAAAUUGAUGCUCGAAUUGGACCACUUGAACGGAUGAUGGAGGAAGUGCGAGAAGAACAGCAGAAGAUUGUGCCACUGUAUGAGGAAGCAGUGAAGGGGCUGGAAUGCAUCUCUGCAGCUGCCAUUACCGAAAUCAAAUCAUACCAUCACCCGCCGGAAGCCCUUCUGCUAGUUUCCGAUGCUGUUUGCGUGUUGUUUGACAAGCAGCCCAGCUGGGAAAAUGCUAAGCAGCUGUUCCUCAGUCGUGGGUUCAUGAACGAGCUAGUCAACUUUGACAAGGAGAACGUCAGCAAUGCCAAACUGCGACAAAUCCGUCAGUACAUUCGGAAUCCAGGUUUUGAUGAUGGGAUUAUUGGCUGGGCUAGUCAUGCUUUCAUCGGAGUGUGUAUCUGGUUGAAAGCAUUGAUACGCUAUACGGAAGUCAACAACAAGAGCAAGCCACUGAAGGAAAGGCUUUACAAACUGGAGCAGAAAAUGAAAAAGGCCAAGGAACAACUUGAUGAGAAACGAAAGAGAGCAGGUGUCCUGCGCAAGGAGAUCAACAAGAAAAUGGAGGUGUACGGCGAAUGUGCGGCACAAACAAAGGAGCUGGAAAAGCCAAUAGUGAGUAUGGAGACACAAGUGCAGACCAACUCAGCACUCGUCUCAAGCCUGCAGAAAGAUUAUGAAGCCUGGUGCAAGGAAGGAAUGGAAACCUCUAAGCUUCUCGACUCUGCUGCUGGAGAUGCACUGUUGGGUGCUGCUGCAGUCUGCUACGGGUCAUUGAUUCCAGUGGAUAGAAUGGAGAAGCUUCUGGAUUCAUGGAGGGCAAUGUGCCAAUCGGCUGGUGUCACAGUGAGAGAGAAUUUCUCACUCCCGGCCAUACUGGGUUCUUCUGAGCAGCAGUUCUCCUGGUUCUCUUACGAUGUGCCACGACACAGUCAAGCCGUCAGCUGUAUCUACAGGCUGCAAUGUGCCAGUAGGUCACUGUGCCACCAUUGGCCUAUUCUAGUUGAUCCUGAUGACCAAGGUGUUGAUUGGCUGCUGAAGGCCGAGAUGGCUAGCUAUGGUGGUGAUGCAUCUGAGUUUGACAGCGCACCCGAUUGUCUACAGAAGUAUGAUAGGCUGCCUAUCCCUUUCGGCGUUCAGUACAAGCUAGGUGGUGAUGAUUCUGCUAGGAUGUUCAAAGUUGUCCAAGCAGCAUCACCUGACCUUGUUGCGCAAGUAGUCAAUGCUGCUCAGAAUGGUCACAUGAUUGUUAUCGAUCAUCUGGAAUGUGCUGGUGAUUUUGCAAGUGUCCACCAGCUCUUUCAGAGGCAAUACCUCACAAAGGAUGAUGUCAGGUAUCUGAGCAUUUCGGGAGAGCUUGUCAAAUGCCAUGCAAGCUUCACAUUGGUGGGUCGCAUGCUUUGCAGUACCGUCACUUUCCCUGCUAGUGCACUCACCACCGCUGGAGCCGGUAUUGGCAAGAAUGACCCAUUGGCUGGCUGCUUUGUUGAUGUCAGUUUGACAAAGAAAUCGACAUGCGCCUUCAUGACACAGGAAAUCCUACGUGAGCAGGCACCGUACCACAGAAUACGCGUUCAACAUUUGGACGGGAAAAUCUAUUCGGCAAGAAAAGAGACAGAAGUGGCUCGGGAGGGAUUCCUCAAAUAUUUGCGGACUGUGGAAGGUGGCCCAAAUCUCCUGGAGAACGAAAACAUUCUCCUAGCCCAACAGCAGUGUGCUCUUGCACUGGAGAAUUGUCAAGCUCAACUGCAACAUCUCAUCAUGACGCAGGCUAGUGAGCUGCAAAAAUUCUCCAUGUAUGAUGACAUUGGAAGGCAUGCUGCCAUGAUCUACAAUGGCGUACAGCACUUUGUCAAGUACUAUCCACGUUUCCACCUGCCAAUGGCCACCUUCGAGCAAUGGCUCCUGGAUGCAGUGCAUGCUCUCCACAGACAGUUCUCGGAAAGCCUGUUGACAGUGGAUGCUCAUGUCAGCUACGUACUGGAUUCUUUAACUCAAGACUUGAAGGAUAGGUGCAUGCAGCUGGUGCCAGGCCGGCAGCGCCAGGUACUGCUACUGUUCCUUGUCAUGCCACUCAAGCGUGAACUCAGCAGCACCUCGGAGGCAGAGUGGUCAACUUUCAUCUCAGACAUGGAGAAUGAGCACGCUAACGUGCCCAGUGACCGUCCGCCUUGGAUAAAUUAUCAGACCUGGAAGCGUUGCGCCACUCUGCAGAGCACCCACUGUUUUGCUAACCUGUGCUCUGAGCUGAGCGGUGCUGAAAGUGGAACAUGGAUGGAGUACUAUCAAGCACGUCCUUCUCUUAUCGACUUGCCCUCAGUAGGCAACACGCAACUAUCAGCUUUUCAAGUUGUCUUGUUGUGGAAGGCUCUGAAGCCAGAACUGGUAUAUGGGCUUCUUCAAGAACUGAUAGACAUGCAUAUGUGCAAUACGAGCAGCAGCAGCAGCAGCAAUACCAGCAUCCAGGAUAACUCUGACGGGUGUCGUAGUAGUAGCACAGGUUUUAUACAGUGCACUGCUCGUACACCCACACAACCUGUCCUACUCAGCCUGCCCUAUCCUGAGGAUUGCAGUGGUGCUUUCUCAGUUGUGAAUGAGCUCCACAAAGCUGCUGCUGCUUCUGCGGCCAUUGCCACAAGCAACAGGGCCAGUCACACGCCACGAGUGCUAGUGUUCUCGCUGACCAGUGCUGAUCAGCAGGCACGUUCUUUGGCCGCAGUGUCCAGUGCUGCGGAGCAGGGUGACUGGAUUGUCUACACCGACUCUUGGUGUAGCUCCAGCACAUGGACAGAAGGAGUGCUACAGCUUCUUGCGGUACUGGUUGCGUAUGCAUCUCAAUCAAACCUUCAAAGUGUGCUGCAAAUGGAGAAAAGCGACCUUCGGACGGUGUUCCAUCCUCUCUUCCGUGUGAUUGUACCAGUUCUAAACCAGCAGAGCAUCAGUGAAGCGAUUCCUACUUUCCUUCUCAGUCACUCAAUGAAAACAUCGCUUGAUCUUCGUGAUGACUUGAACCUCGUCCAAGCUGACAACUACCAAGCAACUAAAGCCGCUCUGUUGAAGGAUGAUGUCGCGGGUUUGCACGGGAUUCCAACUAACAGCAUUGCGCAAUAUGUUGCAAUGCUGCAUAGUGUCAUGCAGUGGACAAGCAUGUGUGCACCACGGAUGCUGGCAGGACCCUACCUAUGGAACUCUGCACACUUGCAGGAUGCGGUCAGUCUGGUGCUCUCGGCAUUGCAAUGCGAUGGACUCCUAACGAAAUCACCAGACUUUCGCACAAUCACUCAAAUCCUUGUCAGCUUUGUGUAUUCACAGUCAGUGAAGGUUGACCGGGACCAGCGGUCUGUGAAGGCGCUUGCUGAGCUAUGUUGCAAACUAUGGAGUGAAGAAGUGGAGAUUGUGGCUGACUUUGGUACGAUGACGGUUAAAGCUGUUGAGGGCAGCAUCAGCAGCAGCAGCGCAAGAGGUGCUGGACUUCAUAACAAGCUGGCAUCUUUGCAGCAUAUGGAUUUCAGUCUUUUCCAAGAGUGCAGAUCAAGGCUCCUGUUGAAAGAGCUGCAAGGGCUCACUUCACCAACUUCGUUGACUGCGGCAGGCGCUCUAAAUGAUCACCAAGUUGGAUCUGUUCUCCAGCGCGUUGAGUGGGUCAUCAACUACUUGCAGUCCAUGCUCAAACUUGCCCAGCGCGCAGCACUUGCUAAGGACAACAAGAUAGGUACGGGUACACAGCUUCCAUUCUGGCUGGAUACCGAAAGCCUGCUAUAUGAAACGAACAUAGCAGCGUUGCUGAAUGAUGAUAGCAAGCGGCUACAGGCAGUGUUGAAAGGCCAUGAAUGUUGGAACUCUACAACGGAUGACGUGUUUCUAUCGGUCCUCUCUGGAAAGGUUCCUGCUGCUUGGGAGAAGAGAUUUCCACAGCUCCAUGCACAUGCACACAGCAUUUUGAGCUGGAUCGAUGCUCUAUCAGAUCUGACGAAGGAACUGGAGAUGCAUCUGGCGCGUGCCGCAACCCCACGUGACCCAGUCAAAGUCUACACCUCAAGUGAACGGCCGAUACGACUGGGACUGCUCUUUCACCCCAACGCUUUCUUGAAGUGCAUUAUGACCACAGCGGCAGAGACUUCAUCAAAGACACUCCGUGAUCUAUAUUGGGCAAUAGAGUUGCCAUCCGCUUCUAGAGUUGCGCAUGCUUCAAAGCCAGUUGUGCAACUGACAGCCACAAACUUGACUGCUCUGGGACUAGGCGAUGGCCUCACCAUUAAUCCGGAGACCCUUGGCAGCACCAGUGGACAAAUGCAACAUUCUUCAGGCACAGUACGACUCACACUUCUUGUGCAAUCAGAUGCCUCGGAUGAUUGUGACAGUUUGGAGCAGAAAAACAUGUGCGGGCAGCAGUAUCCGUCAGUUGAUGUACUACGCACUACCUGGGAUUGUUCCACUGGCACUGCGUUGACGGAGAGUAUUCUCUCUGCUGCCCUUAAACUGGACGACCAGCAGCAGCAACAGGCAGGCAUGUCAAGCUUGCAAGUCUAUGCGCAGUGUGCUUGCUUUAUGGCGCAUUAGUUGGUGCAACAGUCACCUUGCCGAACUUGUAAGCAUGGUUAUGUGUGAAAGGAGUGGUGACUCUAACUCACAGGAUUUAAUUAUAUCUGUGCUUCUGGCACGCAGUUGAGUGUUGGCAGAAUAUUUCGUGCAGCAUUACUGUUGCUUCAUUUCAAAUUGAUUUUCCGUACCAGUCAAUAUGAUAAUAUUGGAAAUUAGAGCCUAUUGACUGAUUGACAGCGGGUUUUUAUUGUGACCCGGUCCGUUUGUCUUUUGUUGCUUCUGUGAAUAUUGCUGCGUUUUAUCAAAGAUGUUAUCCGCUAUAUGAUGAUGAUUAGUUGAUGGUUCAGCGGAAUGUUCCUUUCUAUUCUAACAGUACUCGUAACUAUUCUGAAGCAAAUAUAAUAUAUGUCUUGGCCACAACUCAAAUUGUGCUGCUAUUUAUUUUAUUCGCUGAACUGAAACUGGAUGUUGUUUUUCAACGUCAGUUCUCAGUCCUGCUGGUACUAUUUCUUCGAAUGUGAAAACAUGUGAUAUGCUGUAA